CGCGCAGCUGGCCAACUGCAAGAGAAUCUUGGCACCUUAUGUGCAUUUUUUUCCUUGUUGACCUUGUAAGAUGUUUCAUGUUUUAAUUUUGUGUUUCUACAAGUGCUAACAUUUUUGGGGCCUAUGCACAUGCUACACAGCGCAUCGAGUCGCUGCACUAUCUGUAAACAGUGCCGGUGCCGUCUCUCCAUCUGCAACAAGCAGAAUUGCACAAAUUAAUGGGCCGCCGCUAAACGUCCAGCAUGGAGGUGAAGCUGAAGAGCGCCGCGGCACCCGACCGCAGCCCUGUGACAGUGCGCACGCAUGCGGGUGCCACGGCCGACAGUCUGCUGGGUGCCUUCUGCCACGACAUGGGCCAAGACUACGACCCGCGGCUGGCACUCUACACGCGCUCCAACGAGCCCCUGCGCGGGGGGGCGUCGCUGCAUGCGAUGCGCGUGCAGCCGGGUGACACGCUGUACGUGCGCUAUCAGCGCUCGCCGCACCUGUUCCUCGCCAACUGGGGACUGCUGGGCGUCAUCUGCGCCGUGCUCGGACUCCUCGGCCUGCUACUCGUGUCCAUGGCUUACGGGCUGACGGGAGGCCGUGUGCCCUUCGUGCACGGCGUCGUGGUGGACGCCGGCUCGAGUCACAGCCAGGCCACGCUCUACUACUGGGAAGGCGCCAAGUACCUGGGCACCGGCCGCGUUGUCCAGGUGGACUUCCGUGAAAUCGAUGGCGGUAUCAGCAGUCUUGGGCCGCGCCAAACGGGCCCGGCACUAGAGCGCGCCGUGAACGAGGUGCGCGGAGAGCUUGAAGCACCUGUCUUCCUCGGCGCCACCGCGGGCAUGCGGGUGCUCAACCUCACCAACCCGAUGGAGGCCGAUGCCAUCCUCAUGGCUGUGGAGUGUGCACUGAAGCCACUAGGCCUGCAGCGGGCAACCAUCCUGAGUGGCCACGAUGAGGGCCUCUUUGCCUGGCUCUCCACCAACUACUUAUUCGAAGUGAUCCCCCCGAAAUCGGGAUCUCCUAUGACCCUCGGUGCCUUGGACCUUGGAGGAGCAUCUACGCAAAUAUCUUAUGCUGUUGAGUCUGAUAUAUCAGGUGACGAUGUCAGCAGCCUGCAGCUAUAUGGCGAGCGCUAUAAUGUCUUCUCAGUGUCAUACCUCUGCUAUGGAGUGAACGAGCUGCAUAGAAGGUACCUGGCCCAGAUAGUGACUCAGCAGGACUAUGCGACAACUGUGAGGAGCCCAUGUCACAACUCUGGCUUCAGCUUCAAUGCUACAGCAGAGGAGGUGUUUGACAACUAUUGCACGAAGACCUCUGCGAGUGAGCUCUGGCUACAGCAGAAUCCCAAUGCAGUUUUCACAUUUAUUGGGAAUGGCACGAGUGCUGGAUGUCAAGAGACCAUUAAACAGCUGUUGGACCCCAGCGAGUGCAAAAAAAACUACACUAGCUGCAUGGAGAAGCCUGCAGUUCCCGUGCCAUAUGACAUGAAGUUUGUUGGUGUUUCUGCAUACUACUACACUCUCAAGGCCCUCAACUCUACAGGCAAGCCCCUUAGUACCUUUGUUAAUGCCUCAGACUGGAUCUGCUCUGCUCCAUGGCGUGAGGCUGUGAAGACUGGCAUCCCCGAGCGAUUCCUCUCUCGCUACUGCCUGCAAUCUAUGUAUAUCCGUGAUCUACUGCUGGAUAAGUACGGAUUCUCUGACAAGACUUGGCCCAACCUGUCAUUUGAAAAGACGGCCAAUGGCUAUGAAUUAGGCUGGUCGCUGGGUUUCAUGAUCAAUGCUACAAAUGCCAUCCCCGCUGCCAAGCCAUCAACACCCAGCAUUGGCCUCAACCUUUUUGUUUUGCUCGUGGUGCUCUUCACUCUCCUCCUGGUGCUGGCGAUGGUCUUCCUCCUGCUGGCACGCAAGCAGUCUCGGGCUCGGCGCAACCCUCCGACCUAGGCCAUCAUCAGGGGAGGCAGCAGCAUCAGCAGCAGCAAUGGGAGACUCACUGCCACACAGACAGACUGGUCGCUCAGCUCUUCGUCCACUGCAAUGCAAAUGAGCUUCCUGAUGCAUACUCCUUGUUAUGCAACACUCAGACGCGGUGCACAACCCUGCACCCUGCAGGUGCCGGUUGCUCAAGUGCACCGCUCUCUUUCUCAAGAAACCAUUUAUUCACUUGUGCCUUUACAGUGGGCAUGGCCUUUUAUACAAUUUACACAUUUUGAUGGAAUGUAUAUCUUUAUCAACUGUUGGAAAACAGCUCUCUAUUGUUAAAUGGUAAAACCACAUCAUAAUCAAAGCAGCAAGUGAGCUUAUAUGAAAUGUUAUGAGAUUACAAUUGUUUUUAUAAUUCA